AUGAACUACAGGUUCCAAAAUCUUCUCGGCGCGCCGUACCGCGGCGGCAACGUCGUUGUCGUCAACAACACCCAACUGAUCUCCCCGGUCGGCAACCGUGUCUCCGUCACGGAUCUCGUGAAAUCCGAGACCAUAACCCUACCCUGCCAGGCCUCCACCAACCUCCGCCGCAUUGCAGCCUCAUCUGACGGCGUUUUUCUUCUGACCGUCGACGAGAACAACCGCUGCCUCUUCAUAAACCUCCCCCGCCGCGCCGUCCUGCACCGGAUCACCUUCAAGCAUCCCGUAGCCGAUACGAAGUUCAGCCCGGACGGCCGCUUCAUCGCCGUCGCCGCCGGUAAGCUCCUCCAGUUAUGGCGUUCCCCAGGGUUUAAAAAGGAUUUCUUUCCAUUUGAGCUAGUUAGGACAUUUGCUGAUUGUAAUGAUCGUAUUACUUCGAUUGACUGGAGCCCCGAUUCGAACUAUUUAGUUGUUGGGUCGAGGGACUUGACUGCGAGGCUUUUCUACGUGAACACAGAGCGGAAAAAAACCAAAGGAUUUGUUAAGCCAUUUCUGUUUUUGGGUCACAGAGAUGUGGUCGUGGGAGCAUUCUUCGGAGUUGAUAAGAAGACUAACACGGUUAAGAGAGUUUACACGUUGUCUCGUGAUGGAGCCAUCUUUAGCUGGGGGUGCAGUGAUGGUGAAUAUGAGGAAAUGGAGGAAGAUUUAUCAGAGCCAGAAUCUCCAGGAACACCAGAGCAGGGCCUGGGGCAGAAUGGGGAAAACAGCAAUGGGAUUAAUUUGAAGAAAAGGAAAGAUUUUAAAGAUGAAGACUUGGAAGAAGAUGAUGGGCCCUUUUUAUUGCAUAACAUGAAAUGGGAACUGUUGAAGAAGGAUUUUUUCAUGCAAGCCCCCGCAAAAUUAACAGCAUGCCACUAUCACAAGGGGCUCGAUAUGGUGGUUGUGGGAUUCUCGAAUGGGGUGUUUGGGCUCUAUCAGAUGCCCGAUUUCGUGUGCAUUCAUUUGUUGUCAAUUUCAAGGGAGAAAAUUACGACGGCGGUAUUUAAUGAUCUCGGGAAUUGGCUAAUCUUCGGGUGUGCAAAGCUUGGGCAGCUGCUCGUGUGGGAGUGGAAAUCAGAGAGUUAUAUACUGAAACAGCAGGGGCAUUAUUUUGAUGUAAACUGCCUUGCUUAUUCUCCAGAUUCCCAGCUUUUAGCCACUGGAGCCGAUGAUAACAAAGUCAAGGUCUGGACUGUUUCUUCGGGGUUCUGCUUUGUGACAUUCUCUGAGCAUACAAAUGCUGUUACUGCCCUGCAUUUCAUGGCUAACAACCAUUGCCUACUGAGUGCAUCUCUUGAUGGUACUGUUCGUGCAUGGGAUUUGUUCCGUUAUCGGAACUUUAGGACAUUUGUGACCCCUACACCAAAGCAGUUUGUAUCUUUGGCUGCGGAUCAGAGUGGUGAAGUGAUUUGUGCAGGAACUCUGGAUUCAUUUGAGAUAUUUGUUUGGUCGAUGAAGACUGGCCGGCUAUUGGAUGUUCUCAGCGGCCAUGAGGGUCCUGUUCAUGGGCUAAUGUUUUCUCCAACUAGUGCUAUCUUGGCUUCCUCAUCCUGGGACAAAACUGUCCGGUUGUGGGACAUUUAUGAAGGAAAAGCGGGUGUUGAGAGAUUUGGUCACACGCAUGAUGUCCUUACACUUGUUUACCGCCCAGAUGGUAAACAGCUGGCUUGCAGUACAUUAGAUGGGCAGAUACAUUUCUGGGACCCACUGGAAGGCGUGGAGAUGUUCACAAUUGAAGGCCGCAGGGACAUUGCAGGUGGCCGGCUCAUGACCGACCGAAGGUCAGCUGCUAACUCCACUGCCGGAAAGUGCUUCACGAGCUUGUGUUAUUCUGCGGAUGGCAGCUACAUAUUGGCUGGGGGAAGUAGUAAAUAUAUUUGUAUGUAUGAUGUUGCUGAUCAGGUGCUUCUAAGGAGAUUCCAAAUAACCCUCAACCUAUCCCUAGAUGGGGUUCUUGAUUUUCUCAACUCAAAGAAGAUGACUGAAGCUGGACCGUUGGAUUUGAUUGACGACUAUAAUAGUGACAUAGAGGAAGGUGUGGAUAAACAAACACGAAACAGGACGGGAUAUGACCUGCCAGGAUCAAUGCCUAAUAAAGGGAGGCCUAUUAUUCGAACAAAGUGCUUGAAAAUUGCACCAACUGGCAGAAGCUGGGCAGCUGCAACAACUGAGGGGGUUUUGUUGUAUUCUAUGGAUGAUUCGUUUAUAUUUGAUCCCACUGACCUGGACAUUGAUGUUACACCCGAGGCGGUUGAUGAAGCAUUGAGAGACGACCAAACAAAAAGAGCUCUAAUCCUCAGUCUCCGCUUGAAUGAAGAUGCCCUUAUCAAGAAGUGUAUCGUGUCUGUAACUCCUUCAGAUAUUCCAGGUGUCGCCUCAUCAGUGCCGAUCAAAUAUUUGCAGAGAUUAGUUGAGGCGCUCGCUGAUCUUCUUGAAAAGUGUCCACAUCUGGAGUUCAUUCUCAGAUGGUGCCAGGAACUUUGCAGAGCCCAUGGCAAUGCUAUUCAGCAAAAUUCGAGGAAUCUGCUCCCUGCUUUGAAAUCCUUGCAGAAAUCAAUUACUAGGUUGCAUCAAGAUUUGGCUGAUACUUGCUCUUCCAACGAGUAUACACUUCGCUUGAUGAAAACGAGAGAGUCGGAUCAAGAGCAGCAGUCCCUUGACGAUUUCGAGAUGUAG